AUGGAGGAUACAAACGUUUCUCUUCCUACCAGAAGCCGUGCUCCAGGUCACCGUGCCUGCAUCCCAUGCGCCCGUGCUAAAGCAGGAUGCGUGCUUGUCCCUGGCCUUGAUGGAAAAUGUGAAAGGUGUGUUCGACUACAAAAAACGUGCGAGCAAGCCGUAGUUCGGGAACGGACUCGAACAAGACGGACUGGUGAGACAAGAGCUUAUGUCAAAAAGUUAGAAGAAAAGCUGGAUGGUCUAGUCUCGUUGAUCCAGUCACGAGAGCUGGGUGCUGAAGCCCAAAGCAGCUCGUUCGGUGAUCCGACGGUGCACGACCAUCUGAACAAAUCAUCUGGCAGCCAUGAGAUGGGUUCGGAUGCUUAUUUAGAUAGCAGCAUCGCUGCUUCAUCUAUGCUCAACACUGGAUCCUAUUCUACAGAAUCGGUCUCCACCCCACCAUCCUCACACCCGGUGGAUGAGAUGCUCAGUGCUCAAGAAGUCGAGAUGUUCCUAAACAUCUUCAAAAACGAGAUGUGUCCGUCGUUUCCAUUCAUUCGACUUGAAGAGUCUGUAACCGCGACCGAUCUACGCCGAGACCGACCAUUCUUUUUCCUUUGCAUUAUGGCAAUCACGAGUGGCAACACAGAUCAGAAAAAUGUGAUGACGAACCUCGUCAUGGAAACUCUGGCCAGUAGAAUGUAUGUGCAUACUGAGAGAGACUUGGAUAUGCUUCUCGGUAUCCUCACAUAUAUAGCAUGGUCAUAUCAUCUUGUCAUGUAUAAAGGCCAGAAAACAGCUCUCUUUGCUUCCGCCUCCGUUUUGAUCAAUGAUCUAGAACUUAAUCGGCCUUCGCGCAUGAAAGCCUCAGCCAAUGAUACCAAUCUGUUCGAAGCCGCUGUACCAAGUACGAGCCAAUUCCGCCUCAAAAUCAAGUCGUUUGAGACCGUGGAACACACUCCGGAGGUACGACGAGCGUUGCUAGCAUAUUUCUACCUAUCGUCGAUCGCAUCUUCACUGCUCUAUACCGCAGAACCCCCAAGAGUGACGAAGUACAUCGAAGAUUGUUAUCAAGUGUUGAGUGCUUCUAACGAUCCGAACGAUGAACAUGCAUGUGCACUCGUUGAAUCGCAAUUGAUAGUAGAAAGGAUGAAUCAGGCUCCUUGGAAUGGUGAAUCACCACUAAGCACAACACCGUCAGUUUUCUUUGUGAAGACAAUCCAAGAACAAUUGCGAAUGUUUCGAGCGAAGAGAGCAGACCAAAUCCAGCGCAGUUUCAAACUAUCGCUGGUAUGCGAUUACAUGGACAUAUACCUUUACAAGAUUGGCCUUUUCCCAGCAUACUCGGCAGAAUUGGGGCCCAUCGCACCCAGCUUUGAGCGUCUAGAACUUGUCUAUUCAUGCCUCCUGGCCGUCAAGUCCUUUUUCGACACAUUCCUGGCAACCCCACCUAACAAAUUCCGGAGCCUGUCGAUGCCUGACACAUGCCUAUUUAGACAUUCAUUAUUCACGUCACAUAAGCUCGUCACCUUUGAACACCCAGACUGGAAUUUGGACUCGUGUCGACAGACUAUUUCUCUUUGCGACUUGCUCGGCAAACUUGCAGUUCAAUUCGAACAAGCUGCUGUUGUGUUGGGGUUCGACACUCACAAGCCAGAAAAACAGGAUUGGUUUACGAGAGGCGGGAAACACCUUCAUCGGGUCAAGGAUUACUGGGAAAAGAAAGAGGCAGCUGAACUAGAGGUGAAUCGGGACAACACAUUUCCUGCUUACCCGCAAAUAGGAGACAUUGAUCUGCUCGAUGACGCCUUCAUGAUGGAUGUUCUAGGCUCCUGGGAUGAUCAAAACUUUGCAUACCAGAGUUUUGGUUGA